AUGGUCGUCGAGGUUCCCCGCUGGACGAACGCCAAGAUGGAAAUCUCCAAAGAGGAACCGUUCAAUCCAAUCAAACAAGACAUCAAGAAAGGAAAGCUGAGAUUCGUUAGAAACUGUUUCCCUUACGUUGGCUACAUCUGGAACUAUGGCGCCUUUCCUCAGACUUGGGAGGAUCCACACGAGCUACAUGCAGAGACCAAUGCACGGGGCGAUAACGACCCGCUGGAUGUAUGCGAGAUUGGCGAGCGAAUCGGCUAUACGGGUGAAGUCAAACAGGUCAAGGUUCUCGGUAUCAUGGCUCUCAUUGAUGAGGGUGAGACCGACUGGAAGGUUAUCGUCAUCGACGUAAACGAUCCACUUGCAUCUAAGCUCAACGACAUCAACGACCUCGAAACUCACGUGCCCGGUCUCAUCCGUGCUACCAACGAGUGGUUUAGGAUCUACAAGAUUCCUGAUGGAAAGCCAGAGAACACAUUUGCAUUCUCCGGAGAGGCCAAGAACAAGGAAUACGCUAUGGGGAUUAUCCACGAGUGCCACGCAGCCUGGCAGAAACUCGUUAUUACGGGCGAGUCACCCGCAAAGACGGAGAGCUACGAAAUCUCCAUUCGGAAUACAACUAUUCGUGAUUCGAAAGGCUAUGUCGGGGAGGGUGAUCCCGAACUCUCUAGGGUCCCCCCAGCCCAGCCGAGCCCGCCCCUCCCCAUCGACCCGUCCAUCUCCAAAUGGUUUUAUACCUCUACCGCUCAGGCAUAG